AUGUCUCUGAAGGUUCAUACCAGCAAUGUCACCAACAAGAAUGACCGCAAGUCCAUCAACUCACGCGUGUUCAUCGGUAACCUCAACACAGCCGUGGUGAAGAAGUCGGAUGUGGAGAGUAUCUUCUCGAAAUAUGGCCGCGUGCUGGGCUGCUCUGUGCACAAGGGCUACGCCUUUGUCCAGUACGUCAGCGAGAGGCAUGCCCGUGGGGCUGUUAUAGGGGAGAAUGGACGAGUGCUGGCGGGACAGACUCUGGGUGAGUCCUAUUUGGGUUCUUCUGUCGUUUAUCUCAAUAGUGAAUACUAGGGCCAUGUUUUUGUUUCAGAUGUUUGGGUAAUGAUAAUAAUGUCAUGAUAAUAACAGAUCAGCAAAUGUCAACCGACACUGUCGAGGGAUAAUUAAUCAAAUAGUUUACCCUAAAAUCAAAAUUCUUUAGAUGUUUUCAGACCUCAAAAGAACAUUAGAACAUAUUUCACAGUAUCUGUUAUGUAGAAAUCUGCAGGUCUCAAUUGCACACAUGAAUGGGAAAGAUUGGCACCAUCUAACAUACACAACAGAUGCCGUGGAAUAUGGACUCAGCUUUUGACAUAGGCCUACGGAAAUCGACACAUGUAGAGUUUUGGGGCGAAAUAUUCCUGCUUCAGAGUGCUGAGCGAUUAACCGAAAUGUCCGUUUUUUGUUCCUUCUUUUUCUGUGAGCUCAAUGCGCACAUUGCACUGCAGUUUCUCUAGAGAUAAAUCAGAUCAUGCCCAAACUGUGCGAUGUAGUAGGGAGUUGUAGUUUCCAACAGGCCAAUGUUCUACAUAGUUUAGCGCAGAAAACGUGAUAAUUAACUACAAUGACAAUAAUCCAUUGCGCGGCUACUUGUCCGGUCUGUUUUGUCAGCAUAGGCAGCAGCUCUAGGGAGAUGAGAUUAUUACUUGGAAUGAAAUAGUCAUCAAAUAAAACAAAUAAUAUAUAUUAUAGUGGCAAUCGGCAGCUGAAAUAAUAACAAAGCGAAUCCCUGCCCCUGUUUUGGUAAAAAGCUGAGGGAUUGGGCUUGAGAAAUGUAACCUCUCUCAAAUGCAAAGCUAUGGAUGCAAGGACUGACCAUCCAUGAUAUCAAAAUUAUAGUUUUAACCAUGAUUUGAGGCUAUAUAGUGUUCGUUUACAUUUACUUUGUUUAUAAAACAUUGGAGUAAAACAAGCUUAUAUUUUGGGUUCUGGUGGGGUACGACAGUUGAACUAAGCUAAUAACGCAUUUAUGGGUUAUAUUCUUCAAGAAUCAAUGGGUACAUAUAAUUAAUUUAUAAGUCCAAAAAUUGACGUAGAAACUGCUGAUUGCCCCUUUAAAGUAAAGUAAUAUGAAUAAGUUAUGGUUAGUAAGUGAUAAGCAGUCAUGGGCAAUCACUACCAUCAUGGGACUUUUAUUAAUUGUUCCAGCGUUCAACCUACAUAAUGAGUAGUGCAUUAAAUGUUUUAAAAAAUACUUGAAAAUCGUGAUUAUUUUUUAAGAAUCAAACUGAAACCGAACCAACCUCAAAAAGCACUGAUCGCUCAGCACUACUUUUUUUACUACACUUUUUACUGCAUACAUUUUCCCUGACACCCAAAAGUACUCGUUAUAUUUUGAAUGCUAAUUCACACAUUUAUCAAGAGAACAUCCCUGGUCAUCCCUACUGCCUCUGAUCUGGCGGACUCAAUAAACACAUGCUUCGUUUUUAAAUGAUGUCUGAGUAUUGGACCAUGCCCCUGGCUAUACAUAAAAAUAAAAAUAAAUGAUGCCAUCUGGUUUGCUUUAUAUAAGGAAUUUACAAUUAUUUAUACUUUUACUUUUGAUAAUUAAGUAUAUUUAAAACCAAAUACUUUUAGACUUUUACUCAAGUAGUAUUUGACUGGGUGACUUUGACUUUUAAUUUAGUCAUUUUCUAUUAAGGUAUAUUUUACUCAAGUUUGAGAAUGGGGUACUUUUUCCACCACAGUGUGCCUCUGGGAAAGAUCAGAGAGAGCAGAGAGACCUGCUGGGCCUGUGCUAAGAGCAGUGUGUAUCUGAACCACUCUUACAGCACUCCCUGUAGUCCUUAUCAGGCCUUUGAAGAGUGGUGCUUUUUAUCAGAGCGUUGAUCUCAAUAGAACUCAGAUUAACCUCCUGACUGUGUGGUGAAUCACAGAGGAAUACCAUCGCUGGCCGCACUGCACUGAGCAUCCUUUAACACCCUUCUACUGGUCAUCUGGUACAGCUUCAUCCCCCAUUACACAGAGCCCCAGCUGGACUCUGUCAGCGUCAGGGAACUAA